AUGGACUAUCCGCGGAGUCGCGUCCCUCGCUGGACCAUCGACGACCCUGAUCGUGUGGUGACUAUGUACGGCGAGCUUGGCAAUAAAUUGGUUCAACAUGCGAAACGCACCCAAGCGCUCGCCCAGUUACCACCAUAUCAGACAGAGAUUGUCCGCGCUGUGACCCGAGAAGUUCGAGAUCUCGACCGCGAUGUCGCUCGACUUCUAGACCCCUUUGAGGGCUCCUUCAAUCCCUCGGCCGACCCUGCCACUGCCUGUUCACUCUUAGUCGAUCAUCUCUGCAUGCGACGGAACAAGCGCUGCCUGAUGGCGUACCACCGUGUACGCACAGAGAAGCUGGAAGAGCUUUGCUGGACGGGGGUGGAUGUGUUGGAGCAGCAACAACCCAGCGAUGGAAGCGAAGAUCGGGGCGUGUCGCAGUCCGCGGGCGGACAUAGCUCGCUUAGUCCCGAAGAAGAGGAGUACUUUCGACUAUACAGUGAUAUGCUGGCUGCAUACAAGGGCCAAUGGACCGAUGUGGAUUUGACGGGGACAUUGGAGCCACCAAAAGAUCUGUUUAUUGACGUCCGUGUUUUGAAGGAUGCUGGGGAGAUUCAGACGGAAUAUGGUGUAAUCAAUUUGACGAAAAACAGCCAGCUCUAUGUCCGACAAGGCGAUGUUGAGCGACUGAUCGCACAGGGCUUCCUGGAGAGACUCAGUUAA